UCGGCCGGCUUUCUACAGUCGUGGAAAUAUGAGCAACAGCGCAAGUCAACUGCGCGGAAGCAAUCGAUAUUUUUCGUUCGACCGUUAGUAGUUAGUAGUUGUGUCACUUAAGUCGAGUGAGCUGGAGCUGCCAAGUGCAAUUGUUACUCUGACCUAACCUCAACAGUCAACUCUAUUUCUAUAGCUUUGUGGACCUUGUGGUUGUAAUGAAACGUCAAUUAGGAUUAGAUUCAUUCUUUUCAAAAAAGAUAAAGGCAAAGGUUGAUCAGGAGACUGUAAAUGAAGGAUUGUCAAACACAAAUGGAUCGCAAACACCCAUAUCCUCAACCUCAACAGCAAGCAAACCAUCUCAGUGUGGACCUAAAUCGGACAGUAGUGAGAGUGAGUUGCAAAUUCCCCCUCGUGAUUUUGGACAUUUAAUAAAUAAAAAUGAAACUCUUAUUAUGAGUAAUAACGAAAGGUAUGAGUGGCUGACAAACCCUUGGACGCCAUCACCAGAAUUCAAGUUUCCCUUGAAUAUAGAAGGUAAGAAAAACAGAUCUUUUCAAACAAGUUGGCUAAAACAAUACCCUUGGCUAGUCUAUAGUAAGAAAUUAGAUGGUGGCUUAUGUAAAGUGUGUAUACUUUUUGGACGAGGAGAGGGGGGUAAAAGUGACGGAAAGCUGGGAAAGUUGGUACUGGAACCUAUGAAAACCUUCAAGAAGGCUACUGAAACAUUAAAAAUCCAUAAUGGAACCAAGUACCACAAUGAAAACAUGAUAGCCAGCAAACAUUUUUCCUUAGUAAUGGACGGCGAAAGGGCUGACAUCGUUUGUAGUCUCAACUCAGCACAAAAAGCUGUUGAAGAGGAGAAUAAGAAGAAGCUAAUACCCAUCAUUAAAACUAUUAUGUUUUGUGGUAUGCAGAAUAUACCACUUAGGGGUCACAGAGAUGAUGGUCAAUUAUUAAAUGAAACUGACAGUGAGCCACACCGUGAAGGUAACUUUAGAGCCCUUCUGAGAUUUCGGAUUGAUGCUGGAGAUAAACAACUUGAGGAACAUGUUAAAUCAUGUGGGAAAAAUGCGUCGUACAUAAGUAAGACCAUUCAAAACGAUUUAAUUUCAUGUUGUGGAGAAGUAAUUACAAACCAGAUAGUUUCACAGAUAACAUAUGCACAGUUUUUCACUAUUAUUGCUGAUGAAACAACAGAUAUGUCCACUAAGGAACAAUUGUCUAUUUGUUUACGCUAUUUAGACAAGUUGACGCUGGAAAUUAAAGAAGAUUUCAUCAUGUUCAUUGAUGUUGUAGAUUUGACGGGAGAAAACAUCGCGCAGAAAAUACUAGAAGCUCUAGACAGCCUGAGCAUUAACAUAGCUGAUUGCAGAGGACAAGCUUAUGACGGGGGCUCAAAUAUGAGUGGGAAGUUUCAAGGAGCUCAGGCUAGAAUUAGAAAAAUUCAACCGCUGGCCAUGUACAGCCAUUGUGCCAGCCAUAGACUGAACUUGGUCAUUAGCAAGGCUUGUACAAUCCCUGCCAUAAGAAAUGCUGUUGGAGUGGUUUCAUCCGUAGCCAACUUUUUUAGAGAGUCUGCCAAGAGACUACAUGCACUUGAUGAUGAAAGGAAUGAGGAAAUUAAAAAGGGAAAGCACAGACAAGCUUCAAUUGAAACCUUUUUUACGAAAAGGCUAAACGUAAGUGAACCUAGUGAAGUUAACUGUGCCGUUAGCAAUGAUGCUGCGUCUUCUGUUGUUGCUACUACGAGCACCGAUCCAUUUCCAGUAGCAGAGGACCGUAACCAGUUAGGCUUAUUACAAGUAAGAGCAAACAAAUAUGAUAUUGGACACUAUUGUCAAAUCAACUCUACUCAAAGCUUAACAAAUGAAGAAAAAAAUUCACUGUUAGAAAAUGUUUGGAAACCUCCGAUUGGAUAUAAAUUUCCUACUAUUUCUAGUUCAAACCAUGCUAGAUCUUUUCAAAUGAAAUGGCUAGAAGAAUUUAAGUGGUUAGCAUAUUCCGAGGAAAAAUCUGGGUCAUUUUGUAAAUACUGCGUAAUAUUUUCUCACUCCGAAACUGUAGGAAAAGGAGACCACCAAAUGUCAGGGGCAUUGAAAAAGAAACUUAUUUCUUUAUGUGAAACAAGAUGGGUGGAGAGGCAUGACUCGGUGCUUUUAUUUAAGGAACUAUUGGAACCCGUCAGUCUUUCCCUUUUGAAAAUUGAAGAAGAAUCAAGUGACUCAGCGCCUAAGGCACACGCUCUAGGUAGUUCUAUCACUCAAUUUCAAUUUCUUGUAAAUACUUUUGUUUUGAGCCAUAUGCUGUCUAAAACACAUAACUUAUCUGAGAAUCUUCAAAAAAAGAACUUAGAUCUCACACAGGCUGUGAAAAAUGUUUCGAAUGUCUUAGAUCUGCUUUCAAAAGAAAGGGAAAAUGCCGAUAACAACUUUAAAGUCCUGUAUAGUCAAAUACAGGAGCGGGCUGACAAACUUAAGAUUAAAGAGGAGGUUCCUAGAAUUUGCCGCCUUCAAACAGCCCGCAACAACGUUCCAUACAGUACCCAAGAAGAGUACUAUCGCCGAGCUGUUUAUUUACCUUACCUAGACGAUUUUUGCAAUUCGCUGAAGGAACGCUUUGAGUCUCACAAGGAAACAGUUGCAUCCUUACAAAACAUCCUUCCAGAAUUUUGUAUCAAAACUGAUUUCUGUGCAUUGGAACCUGCUUUCAAUUCCUAUGAAGAGGAUUUGUCCCAUAAAGAGGUUGUGGAAAGCGAGUUCAUGCUGUGGAAAGAAAGGUGGAGCCAAGAGAAGUAUGAAAAUCUUCCCAAGUCAGCCGUAAGCUCUCUUGAAAAAUGUGACCAAGAUUUCUUCCCAAACAUUUAUGUUCUAUUAAAACUGCUAGCAGUUCUGCCUGUUUCGUGGCAACCGUGGAAAGAUCGUUCUCAAGUUUAA